AUGACAAGAAAUGAAAACCUGAGCGAGACGGGAACAGAAGAUACAGUAAAUGGUGAUGUACCAUCAGAAUCAGAAUCUCCAAUUCCAACUCCAUGGCCGUCAGAAGUUUUGGAGACUCCCAGUUUAGCUUCUGUUGGAUUACAUUGUAGUAAUGAAGAAUUGCCAAGAAAUGGUGUUCUACAUAAGAUGUCAUGUUAUGGAGCAUCAAACAUUCUUUGGAGUACUGGCUCGUUUUCUGAACCCAUCCCAAAUGGUUUUUACUCUGUGAUCCUGGAUGAUAGAUUUAACCUUUUUAAAAGCAUUCCUACACUGGAGGAACUUCGUGCUCUAGGUGAUGAAGGUCUAAAAGCUGAUGUGAUUGUUGUAGAUUUGGACAAAGAUAACAAGAUUAAGAGGCUAAAGAAGUUGGCUAUUGUUCUAGUACGCUCGAAUCCAGCCAAAGCUGUUAAGAUCAUUGGUGAUCUGGCGAGAGAUUUUUAUAAACUUGCAGCUUCAAGGAGUACUUCGAAAACUAGACAACCACUUGGAAGUUAUGGUUUUCCACUACUAGGACAGAUCAGUCAUGGCUCUUGCCAUGCUCAAGCCAUCUUGUUUAAAGUUCUAGCUGAUGCUGUUAACCUUAAAAGCAAACUUGUAAAGGGUUGUCCUAGUGGUCUGACCUCUUCUGCUACUAUCGACUCACAUAACCAUAUGUCUGUUGUGGUUAUGAUCAAUUCUGUGGAAAUACUGGCUCCUAUUUCAGUUGCUGGGAAAUGCUCUUGUCAUUCACCAUUGGAGCCAAAUAGCCCUAUGAACCGAAUAGACCGUGCAAGGUCAGUGGGAGAUGUAAAUGAAUACUUGAUACAGACUCUCUUCUCAAAAGAGCAAGGUGAUAAUGACAGCACUGAGAGCAAUGAUAUCCACAUCUGGAAUGAAGUACUAGCAUCGCCAAUGUUCCAGAACAAACCUUUGUUACCAAAUGAAGAAUGCAUCAUAGAUUUCUCCACUUUGGAACUUGGGACUCGUGUUGGAAGAGGUUGUUCUGCAAAAGUCUUUUGUGGCACAUGGAAUGAAACAGAAGUUGCGGUCAAGAUCUUUAAAGAUCAAGCAGUCACUGUUGAGAACAUCAAAGACUUCUGCAAUGAGAUAUUCAUUCUUAGCCGUCUUCAACAUCCCAAUGUUAUUCUGUUUCAUGGAGUCUGCGUAAAGCCUCCUCAGUUAGCACUGGUCACAGAGUAUGUGGAUAAAGGUUCCUUGUAUCAUUUGCUCCAUUGGACUGAUGAAAUCAAGAACUUAAGCUGGCGAGAGAAGAUAAAUAUAUUGCAUGACAUAUGCAGGGGUUUAAUGUGCAUCCAUGGGAUGGGGAUAGUCCACAGAGAUCUAAAGAGUGGAAACUGCCUGUUAUGCAAUGAUGGGACAGUCAAGAUAUGUGACUUUGGUCUCUCAGUAAUGAUGGAAGGAACAACACUCAAUGACAUUGUACCUGCAGGAACACCAGAAUGGGUUGCUCCUGAAGCUUUCCGCAAUGAGCCCUUGUCGGAAAAAUGCGAUAUCUAUAGCUUUGGUGUUAUAAUGUGGGAGCUAUGCACUCUAACCAAGCCAUGGGAAGGAGUACCACAAGCAAAAGUUCUUAACAUCGUUGCAAAGGGAGCCCGGCUAGAUAUACCCGAAGGACCAUUAGCUAAUCUUAUUGAAGCUUGUUGGUCUGAAGAACCAGAGCAAAGACCAAGCUGUGAAGAGAUACUGACGUAUCUAGCAACCUGCGAGAAGUCUCUUCCCUGA